AUAAAUCUUCAGGUUUUUGACAUGAGGUAUGAAAUGCAAACCACAGCUGUUAGUUUCCACAGUGUACAGGAACUGUGGAAAUACUGCAUCACCACCAUUUGCUUAUUUUUAUUUGACUUCAAGUACAGAACCUUUGAGGUGCUGUUUUUCAACGGCAGCCUUCCACCAGAAAUAAAACAUCAAAAUAAAAUGCCAACAGAUCAUGAAGAACCCUGUGGCUUCAGUCACAGGUCAUUUUGCCUAAAUGGGGGAAUUUGUUAUGUGAUACCUACUGUUCCCAGCCCAUUUUGUAGGUGUAUUGAGAAUUAUACGGGAGCUCGCUGUGAAGAAGUGUUUCUACCUAGCACCAACAUCCAAACUAAAAGUGAACUGUUUGCCACUUUCUUGGCUUUGGCUAUUCUUCUAGGAGUUCUUACAAUUGGUGCCGUCUACUUCCUUUGCAGGAAGGGCCACCUCCAAAGGGCCAAUUCAACACAGUAUGGUGUCGGCCUGGUAGAGACUGGCAGCAGCAGUGCCUACAACAACUCAGAUGAAGACCUUGUCUUUCAAGAAGACAAAACUUUUUCACCUGUACGCUCUCAUUCAUCCUUACAAGACCUCAACGUGCAAGAUAGGAGGCAGAAGAAGAGGGAGCAGUGGCGAAGAAUGAACACAGAAAAUUUCUCCUACUGCCACUGCUGCUGCUGAGAAGAGGAUCCAAGGGACAGGUGACCAAGUACUGGUAGGUCCCAGGAACCUGACUCGAGCAUGGAGAAAACUGAAGAACAGCCAAAAUGAACCAAAUUUUUACUUCCAUGUUACAGAUGCAGGAAAUGAGGCUUCAUAAGAUUCCUCUCAACAGGCCCUGGGCCAGGUUGCUGCAACUGAAAAAAAUCAAGAGUUUGGCUUAAUUAACUACAGUUGGCGAGAGGACAUGAGUUCUUCAUCUCAAAAUGGGAUUUACUGCAAUGGUAACCUGGGCCAGAGACAACUGUGGGCACCAAAAACCUGCAACAAACAGACAUUCUUCCUGCAAUUUUCUGCAGGUUUUAGGGAAUUCUCUCUGAGCGAUGGUUAAAUGUUAUUUCCCCUGAUGAUUUUCUUCAUUAGGUUAUUUCUGCAACAGGUUCUUUCUUCUAUAAAAAUCUAAUCUGAAAGGGCACGAGUAGUUUUGCUUCCAUAAGCAGUCUAUUACCAGUAGCACUUUUCAAAGGAAAGCUGUAGUCUUCUGCCAUCCUAAUUACUAGACUGAAUGGCCCAGCUGAAUAAAUCCCCAGUUCUGAAGUGUCUUCUGUAGAUAGUUAACUGUCCCCUCAGAAUUAGCCCCCUCAACAGCGGGCUGGGGACGCUCUGGGCCCUCGUGCUCCCCUCAACCACUCAUACAAAACUAGUUAAGCUACACCAAAAAGAGGGACUUAUCCCCAUGGAAACUUCUGGUUUGAAAUUCUGCAAAGGGCAAAUCUGAUGUCACUUGAUAUUGAGGGGCUACAGGCUGGCCAGAAGCAUCAGCAUGAACCCCUACCUCCCUGCCUGUCCACAUCUUUUCUCUCAGCGCUGACCUGAUCAAGGCAUGACCCUGAAGCAUGGGGGAAACAGAAAUUGCAAGUUACCUGGAACAGCAGUGACCAUUUGGUAGCAGUUGAUAGCCACGCAGCUUCUUUUCCUUUUCUUCAAAUCAUCCUUCCAUUGGCCUGCUUGUAGACCCAACUGCUUUUUGCUCCCCUCUGGCACUUCACACAUAGGUACUUUCUCUUGGUCUCACAUCAGCAUUUCCUUUGACUUCUUGCUGUGAAAGUAGGAUAUAUGUCAGCUAUUUCUAAAGGCUUAAAUUUGCAUCUGUAAUAUCCUGAACCUAUUUAGCUCUGAGGCAUAAAUAAUUAACUGCAGCUUUUUUUUUUAUAGGGGUGGUUCUUAUUUAAGCCAAGGGGUUCAUCGUUGCAAUCAAAACAUCCGUUUUCUAGAAGGAUCGAGAGCCGAAAAAGUGUAUACGCUUGUCGAUGCCUCGCCUCCAAGAGGCAGCUGAUCUGUUUCCCGGAAAUAUUUUUUCCAUUCCCCUGCUCACUGAUCUUCCUGUCUUGAGUCAAGGGCUCACACAUGGCCCAAAAAAAUGUAUGUUUGCACGUGCUGCAGGCUUCCGAACAGGAACUCUUGAACACCAAACUUCCCACUUGAAGAAAGAAUUUUAGGUGGUCCUUGAAGACCAUUCUAUUACUAGGGUGAAUUUUCUGCAUGUAAAGAUACAGGCCAUUGCUGCGCCUGCAUAUCUGCUCCCACCUCCACCUAAAAGAACACAAGCAACAUCCUCAGGCCUAUCCGGGUAGCUGAAAUAGCAAAGGGGAUUCCUCCUUCUUCAAAGUAGGGUUGGUCCACAAAAUCCUCAUCCCAACCUGAACUCCCUCCUGCCCAGGGUGUGCAAGAGUGAAGAGACAGGGAUAAGUCUGGUUGCAAAAAAGGAAGGGGCAUUUUUCAAAAAUGGAAAUCUGUUCAGAACCACACAUACCUGAAUAAAACUGAGCUGACUGAU